CCGGCAAUCACUGACAUUUUCAUCAGAGGCCAAUAUUCUCCAGACCAACUUGCGGCUCUAGUUCGUUCAGGGGAGGCGCCAGAGCUGCCUCCCAACAGCCGCUGCAGGAAAAAAUUAUCGGCCACUAGACCUUCCGUAGCAGCGUAACAUGAGUAGUUUGUGUCUAAGGAUGCUGGAUGUACAGUUCCUGUAAUGGCUUGUCGUCGCUUGCCGUCAUCCGCAGUGUAGUGUGCUCAUCUUCCAGAGUCAUUAAUACACCUGCGUCGUCCUAAGCCAGCGUUGCGGUUCGACAUCCUCGUCUUUCAACGCGCCAAGUCCCAUCCGUUGUUACACCAUGAAGUCCGUUACCCCGACAUUGGUUGCCCUCAUGGGCCUGUAUGAGGAGGUUGGAGCUGCUGCUGCACGGCCCUUGGGGCUACGGAAAGAUGUUUCAGCGACCAUGGGCACCGAUCCUUCGACUUGCUGUGCAACCCUGAAAAAUGCUAACCUGACUCACAUCUACAUGCAAGAUGAUCAGCAGUACAAGGACCGGACGAAUUCCUACUGGUCUGUCAGUGCUCAGCUGCAACCAAAGUGCAUCGUCCAGCCUGUCUCUACCGCGGAGGUGGCUACCGCCAUCAAGGUCCUGGGUGCUGACCCAGGAUGCACAUUUGCUACUCGAAGCGGUGGUCACACCACCUGGGCCGGCUCCAACAAUAUCAACAAUGGAGUAACGAUUGACCUUGGUCUCAUGAACCAGACCACCUAUGACGAGGUCAACAGCCUUGCAAAGAUCCAACCUGGCAUCAGGUGGGGAGGCGUCUAUGCAGCUCUUGAACUCCAUGGAGUCACUGUUGCUGGUGGUCGUGCCAGCACUGUUGGUGUUGCUGGAUUCCUGACUGGAGGAGGCAACACUUUCUUCACUGCUCAGCGCGGUUGGGGCUGUGACCAAGUCAAGAACUUUGAGGUUGUUCUUUCCAGCGGUGAGGUUGUGAAUGCAAAUGCCACGUGCAACUCCGACCUAUUCCUUGCUCUCAAGGGUGGAUCUUCCAACUUUGGUAUCGUCACUCGCUUCGACAUGGAGACCUUCAAGCAGGGUGACCUCUGGGGUGGUACCAUGUCGUAUUCGAAGAACUAUACUCAGGCGCACAUUGACGCCUACACCGCCUGGGUUGACAAUGUCGAAAACUACCCUGAGGGCUCCAGCAUCAUCUUCUGGAGCUACCUCCCCACUGCUAAAGAUGUUGUUAUCCUUGCUGCGUAUGAAGAUACGGCCGGCAAUGUGGCCCCCGCAGGAUUCGACAAGUUUUUGGCUAUCCCAUCCCAGUCCUCCACUAUGAGGCUGGCUACCCACAAGAGCCUCACUGACGAGCUCGAGCAAGCCGCUGGGUACCGUGAUAUCUGGUUCACCAUGAACUUCAAGAACGACCCCACAAUCUUCAAGCACAUUGUUGAUGGUCACGAAAAAUUUGUCAACGAGUGGAAGGCGACUACUUCUGACCCGGACUUCAUCACGCAGUGCAUGUUCCAGGCCAUUCCUACUGUCUUUGCUAAGCACAGCGCUGAGCGAGGUGGUAACGUUCUCGGUAUUGAGCACAUUGGUACAAACACCAUCAUGCUCUUGUUCAAUAUUGCUGUCAAGGGUGCUGAAACUGAGGUUGCUGCUCGUGCGCUGCUGAGGAAAUAUACGGAAGAAUUCCAGGCGUUUGCCGCUAGUCAGGGAGGCGCGGUUGACUGGCAAUACCUCAACUACGCCGAUUCUUACCAGAACCCGCUUGCUGGCUUCGGCGCUCAUAACGUUGCUAAGAUCCGUGCGGCGGCAAAGAAGUACGAUCCAGUCGGCAUGUUCCAAACCCAGUCUCCUGGAGGCUUCAAGAUUUCCAAGGUCAACGAAAAACCUCGUCGCGAGCUGUAAGCGACAAGAGGCUCAAUUUGGAUUGAUAUUUACAAUCGUUAUCUAUACAAAAUGAAACAUACAUAAUUUUCUCGGAGAAAAAAAUCCCAUAGCCACACUCAAUCUCGGUCCCAACAGCCACAUGAAUCGGAAGAUGCACUAAAAGCCACUAAAAGCCACUAUAGGUGCAGGGUUUGUAAAUUGAAGUAGGG